CUUUUGCAACCCUGUUUGAAGAUAUUAGAAUUUUUUACCUGGCAUCUUUGCUCGUGAAUCAUCUUUUCAGAGUGGAUUGUGUUUUAAUAAAUUUAUCGCGUUUUAAACGUACGAAAGGAAACAAAAAUUACUUAAUAUGAUGGAUCUAUUAAAUGUUCCCUUAAAAAAACCUUCGGAUGUUGAUAUGGUCAGGCCACUGACUAAUUUAAUUAAAAGUUCUUACUGCAAUUUAGGUCCAGAGAAAUUAGAAGAAAUAGAAGAGGCUAUAAACAAAUUUAAUCAGCAGAGAAGUACAGCAAUUUGGAAAGUUUUCGAAAAAUAUGAGAACUCUUUGGAAAUAAUAUACGGCUAUUAUGACCAGUUAUGUGCCUUGGAGUUGAAAAUACUGACUCAAGAUUUUCAGGUUCCAUUCAAAUGGAAGGAUGCAUUCGAUAAAGGAUCGAUCUUUGGAGGGCGAGCGAGUCUUACUAUUUCGUCUCUCGGCUAUGAAAAAGUGUGUAUUCUUUUUAAUAUUGCCGCUCUUCAAAGCAGUGUUGCUGCCUCGCAAAGUCUAGAUAACGACGAAGAUCUAAAAUUGGCAGCUAAAUUAUUUCAGCAAAGUGCAGGAAUUUUCGCACAUUUGAAAAAUAUUGUUCCAGUAGUGAUUGCUCAGGAGCCUACCAUAGAUUUGACACCGGAUACACUGAGUGCGUUAGCUAAUACGAUGUUAGCACAGGCUCAAGAAAUUUUUGUGUUCAAGGCUAUUAAAGACAAUAUGAAAGAAAUAGUUAUUGCAAAACUAUGUUGUCAAUGCGAAGAAAUGUAUUCCGAUGCUUUGAGAUUAUUACAGAAGGAAUCAGUUCGAUCACUCUGGGACAAGGAAUGGAUUCCAACUGUAGCUGGCAAACAAGCUGGAUUUCACGCCCUUACCAUGUUCUAUCAUAGUCUAGUGUCGAAGAGUAACAAAGCAGUUGGGGAAGAAAUAUCUCGUUUACAAAAGUCGCUUGAACUUUUCAAAAUAGCUCAAUCACGCUCUGGAAAAUUUAUAUUCUUAGAAGAAUAUCUUAACAGGGUUAUGCGAAACCUAAACGAAGCCAAAAAAGAUAAUGAUUUCAUCUAUAAUGAGAUUAUUCCUGAUAUCAACUUACUACCUGGUCCAGGUAAAGCCCAACUUGCUAAAAUGCUACCACUUCCCAGCACAAUAAGUCAAAAUUUCAAGGAUUUGUUUGUCGAAAUGAUCCCUGUAGUGUUACACCAGGCAAUGGUCGCGUGUGAUUCUAGAAAAAACGAGAUUGUUAACGGCGAGAUAAUGAAGCUGAGAGAAGCAACUCAAACUUUGAACAGUUUACUUUCCAGUUACAACCUUCCAGCAGCGGUUGAACUAACUGCUAGUGGAGCAACUUUACCACCAUCAUUACUAGAGAAAGCGAGCAUAGUUCGCAAGACAGGCGGCAUUGAAGAAUUAAAGAAAAUGCUUAACGAAUUGCCCGAGUUGCUCAAUCGAAACCGGGAAAUUUUAGACGAGGCUGAACGGAUGCUAGACGAAGAGCGGGAUUCGGACGAAACACUAAGAAAUAAAUUCAACGCGCAAUGGACUCGGACUCAUUCUAGUAAACUGACACAAACAUUCCGAGAGAACUGCGAAACAUAUCGAAAAAUUAUUGACAAUGCUAUUACGGCUGACAAAACUGUACGUGGGAAAUUUGAAAAAAAUCGUGAAGGAAUCGAACUCUUAUCAACAAGCCAGGAUCAACUAUUGAAAGAAAUACCAUGUGGUACGAUUAAUAAAACAGCUUGCAAUUCAUCAGUUGCACAAAAACUACGCAUGCUGUUAGAAUCCGUAGACACCAUUAAAGCUGAACGGGAUGUGAUUGAAUCUGAGCUCCGAUCGGUUACUGUUAAUUUGAGAGAUACAUUUUUAACCUCACUCGCAUCGGAUGGUGCUAUUAAUGAGCCUGCUCUUUCGAUUUCAGAAAUAAGCAAGACCAUUGCUCCGUUGCAGGCUCAAGUGCAAGAUAAUAUAUUGCGUCAAGAUUCAAUCAUACAGGACAUUAAACGUGCUCAACAAGAAUUUGUUACUGAGUCAGGAUCAUCGGAUAAAUCAAGUGAAACAGUGUUGACACAGCUUGCAUCUGCAUAUGAUGUUUAUUCCGACCUACAACACAAUCUUCAAGACGGAGUAAAAUUCUACAAUGAUUUGACCCAACUGCUAAUUACUUUUCAAAAUAAAAUAUCCGAUUAUUGUUUUGCACGCAAAACUGAGAAGGAUGAAUUGCUGAAGGAUUUAACACAGCAAGCAAGUCGAGUGCAGCAUUCGGCGCCUAAUAUUCCUGCGCAUUUGAUUGCUACAACUCUUAGCCAAGAACAAUCUGCAUCAACUACUAGUUCGACUAAUGCCACGCCAUAUCCUAUGCAACCUCAAGGAAUGCCGUUGCCAUAUGGAGCGACCCCAAAUGCACCUUAUCCAGCAUAUGUUCCAGCUCCUAUGCCACAGGGAUAUAACCCAUACGCUACACUUCCUUAUCCAACUGUGUUUCAAGGUUUUCCACAAGGUCCGAAUACUCCAUACUACGGAACUUAUCCGGGAGCAUUUGCAAAUCAGCAAUCACAACAGCAACCACAAAAUCUAAAUAAACCGUUUGGUUGGUAAAUCUAUUUUCACCUAGAGCCUCCAUUAUCAUGUGUUCGAAGAAAAUUUGAAACAUGUUUACUUGUGUUUGGGCACCUCUGUUAAUUAGUUGAAACAAAUAGUGUUUCCGUUUUUUACACUGGUUCUAGGUUAGCCGGAGAAGUGUAGUGAAAUCAACACAAACGAGCCCUAAUCGUAUCCUAAAUAAAGCACUAUAUAAACUUUA